AUGGCUACUCCAAACACUGCACUAGAGAUGAUCUCUUUGGCGAAUCUCUCGCGAACUGAACAUCUCCUCCUGAAACAUUUCGUUGAGAAAGCUGUCGAUCCAGUCUUAGCAGCCCAAUAUCUCCUAUCGAGAGUCCAAUCUGAUGCUGUAGUAGAGGGUUCCCUACGCUCGUUCAAGCAAGACUGGAAAAGACUUGUCUCAAAAUUGAGGACUUUCGACAAAGUUCCAAAUAGUCUGGAUACUUUAGUCCGCCGUCGAGAUGGCCCGGGUUGCUGCAUGAUGAACAAUUCGGAGUUGAGAAACAAACGAUUUUCAGAACAGGGCCUUUCGAUUGGAGCUGUUGAGUCGGCGUAUGUGAUUCCUCCGUCGAUGCUUCGAGAUAUUGAAUCAGAUGAGGGCUCAUUGCGGGAAAUCUUGGAAGCAUUUCUAUCGCCGUCGGGUGUCAGGCAAUUGAAGUCCGCCAUAGAAACCCAUGAUGAUACGCAAAAUGCUCUGCGAAAUCUGUGGUGCCUAUCUCCUAGCAUCCACGACGCAUUUCGUGAAGGCCACAUCAAAGUAGAGGCACAAGCUGAGCAGGAGAAGGGACGAGAAAUUGGCCCCUCGAGUGAAAAUAAAUCGCGCGAGAAAUACAAAGACGAGUAUAUUCUGUCGUUGCUUCAUCCUGAUGCGCAGGCAACUCUGAGAUUUGCAGACGGAGAAGCGGUUCCAAGCAUAUUCUUCUUUAAGCUAUCUACAUCCGCUUCAGCACUGAGCCUACCAAGCAGCUUUCUGUUCGAAGUUCAUGGGCGAUUCGCAACUGCACUCCAUCUCUUUUCUAUCGAUGACAAAAUCGAACGGGGCUGGCCGAGGCCGAAAAAAGAUCCUGUCCCUGCUUUUAUCCGGCGAGCGUUCUAUCAUUUAUCGCGUUGGCUUCCGCUAUGGGUACGAAUGCAAUUUUAUGCCUACCUCUGGAAAGUUGGAAACAGACGCUGGGGACCUCUAAGUGUACCAUGGGUUCAACGGCUUCCCUUUGGGCUUAUCAUGAAGCAAUGUAUCCGAGCUCCCCAAAGUGAACCAAACGCCCUUCGGCUGGUUGAAAAGCAUACCACUAUCCCAGCCCCCCGACUCGUCGACGUGGGAGUAUAUGCUGGCAAGACUUAUAUGAUUAUGACAUGUCUUCCCGGACAGCAACUUGACGAAGUGUCUCACCUCAUGUCCUACGCAGAAUGCGACCGUCUCGCCGACGACCUAGCCGAUUGCGUCGCCCAGCUACGACGAAUCCCCAAUCAUACACCAUAUCGGUUCGCGAACACUGUUGGAGGUCCUUUAUGUGAUCACCGUCUCCCAAAUGAAGGACCGGCUGGUCCGUUUAACAAUGAAGCCGAUUUCAACAACUAUCUUACGAGUCACCUGGAAUGCACCCCUGACAAAGUUCUCGAAGGCCAAGACCUGACCAUGCGCCAGGAUCAUCAGUCCUACUUUACACACUCCGAUUUCUUCUCCAUGAACAUAUUGGUCGAGAAUGGCCGGCUCAGUGGUAUUGUGGAUUGGGAGUGUGCCGGGUAUAUGCCCGAGUACUGGGAAUGUAUCAAGGCGCGGAGGCACACUCAUCGCGACCCGGUUUGGGCAGCCAUCUGCAGACGUGUGUUCGGAGAGGCAUAUCAAAAGGAAUGGGAGAUCGAAAAGAUUCUCUGGCGGUAUACUCCGUUUGGUGUGUGA